AUGUCCCGAGUACACAUCUCCAACCACCCUCUCAUCCUCUCCAAGCUCACACAGCUGAGGCUCCACGACCUUCCAUCCAAGGACUUUCGCGAAGGUAUCCGAGCAAUUGGAUCCAUGCUUGUCUAUGAAGCCUCGAGCUCCCUUCCCUUGUCUGAUGUGCCCGAUCUUCGCACGUCUGUAGCGCCCUUCACCGGCAAGACCAUCCCCCUCCGUAUCGGCCUCUCGCCGAUUCUUCGAGCCGGUCUCGGCCUGUGUGAUGCUGCGCUUGAGUCGUUCCCAGAAGCUACCGUCCUCCAUUUGGGCUUGUUCAGAGACAAGGCGACUCUGCAAGCUAUCGAGUACUACUCCAAACUUCCCUCUCAAGUUUCUGCCGAUCUGGUCUUCUUGCUUGACCCCCUCAUCGCCACCGGAGGCACCGCCAUUGCCGCCCUCACUAUGCUGACCGAAUGGGGUCUCGCGCCGUCACAAAUCAAGAUCAUUUCUGUCUUGGGAUCCCAGGCGGGUGUGAAGAAUGUUCAGGAUGAAUUCCCCAACGUCGAGAUCUACAUUGCUGCCAUUGACGACGAACUCACGGACAAGGGCUAUAUCUCGCCUGGUCUGGGAGAUGCUGGCGACAAACUCUUCAACACCUAUUAG